AUGAUUAACGCCGUGCUUCGAACCUACGUGAACGCUUCUCCUACCUCUCCGACAUUCAGUCAACAAGUUUCAGCUGCCUUCCGUCCGCCCAGAUCCAGGGAGUAUCCCUCACCGACCGGCCGCGCUCCUGUCGACUCCCCGCUACUCCUCACCAAUCGAACCGCCCUCAUCACGCCUUCCUUCGGCCUCCAUCUGCUGCUGCGGCUCAUUGGCGCUGUCCCCCGCAGCAAGCGCUGGUUGUCUCCACGAUCCGCCAUCGCUGCACCGACGCACGUCGGCUCUUCCUGCUCGUCCCACCAUGGACUCGAUCCGUUGCCCGAUCGUCUCUCCCAGUUCACCUCCGAGAGGACGUCGCAUCAGACCGCUACGCUCACCUCCACCUAUCUCGGCUCGCAGCUGGCUUGUCAGCCUCAUCAACCCGCAGCUUCAUCUGCGCCCAUUGGGCGUCGUCUAGUCUCUGUCAGCGUACCAGUGCCUUUAACUCAUGUUUACCACGCCUCCUAUCGCCGUCCCGUCGAGCUGCAGGCCCCGACCGACGCCUAUCAGUCUCGCCGAGCUGCAGGCCCCGACCGACGCCUAUCAGUCUCGCCGAGCUGCAGGCCCCGACCGACGCCUAUCAGUCUCGCCGAGCUGCAGGCCCCGACCGACGCCUAUCAGUCUCGCCGAGCUGCAGGCCCAACCGGCGCCUAUCAGUCUCUUUCUGUUGGGAGGAGCCAGCUGAGAAAUGAGUGUGUGUGGGGGACAAAGAGAAGAAGCACAGGAGAGGAUUUAAUGCCUUAUGCUCCCCUCUUACAAGCCAGCCGUCUGAUGUUCAACAUGGUGUUCACCCCCAAUGUCUCUGAGGGUCCGUUAUUCUGCCCACUGCUGAAGCGGAUGAGAGAAGACAAUUUAAACAACAACACACAGGUCAACCUGGUCGUGGUUUGCAUCCAUGGCAUCUUCUCCUCCCUGGGAAUUUUGGAAAAUGCCUUGAUCAUUUGGGUUUUGGGAUUUCACCUCCGGCAUCGAACCGUGGCCUCCAUUUGGAUGCUUAACCUGGCCAUGUCUGACUUCCUGGCCACCCUGACUCUACCGUUCUUUACCUUCUACUUUUAUUCCUCCCAUAGCUGGGAGCUCGGAUACCCACUCUGCAUAGUACAAACUUCCAUCUUUUUCUUCAACAUGUUUGUUUCAGCCUUCCUACUGGCAGCCAUUUCAUUGGACCGUCUGCUUCUAGUUUCCAAGCCAGUGUGGAGCAAGAAUCACAGGUCGGUGGCAGGAGCUUGGAAGGUGUGCGCUCUGGGCUGGCUGUGGGCAGCGUUAAAUACCCUACCUUACUCCAUAUUUCGUUCAGUGAUUGUGAAGACUGAUGGGAGGAAGUUAUGCUACCAUAAUUUUGCUUUGUAUUUAUCCAGUAAGGAUUCAUUAAAAGUGGACUGUAAUGUGAGGCAGGGGGCAACAGCCAUCUCCAAGUUACUGUUAGCUUUCGUCUUCCCUCUAGUGGUCAUUGCAGGGAGCUACAUCAAAAUUGCCCUAAGCCUGAGAAACAGACACAGAAGGAGAAAGCAGAGUACCGGCAAACUGGCUGAUAUGCUGACUCUGCCUGGCUACGAUGCACAUUCAGGAAUGGCUAAAACAAAUGGCGUUAAGUCUUUGACUUCUGGUUCCUCAUUUAAGUCCAAAUUAAACAACCUGUCUCCCGUCAUCUCCAGUCCAUCAUAUCAGAGCCUGGUGAAACUUUCUCAAAGUUUCACCAAAAUGGUGACGUCUGUGAUUGCAGCAUUUGUGCUGUGCUGGGCUCCUUAUCACAUUUUCUGCAUUCUAGAAAUGACAGCCCAGUACAAUGAAAAAAUCCUCAAAUUAGUGCAAGAGGGCCUUCCAGUGUCUGCAACUUUUGCUUUUCUGAAUCCAGUUUUGAACCCUGUCCUGUACGUCUUCAGCUGCCCCCACUUCUGCGUGAGAAUACGACAGAGUCUGGGAGCAGUGUUUGAUGGGCUUGUGGAGGAGGGUGAGGGGUUACUGAUGACUCCGGCCAGGAACCUGCAAGCUUACAUUAGGCGGAGAAAUAGUCGAGAUGUGAGCUUUGCACCGCCAGGGUCACCAAAGUCACCAAAAUCUUCAUCCUACCAGCCUCCUGGUGCACAGCUACCAUUGCAUCUGCUCUCUAAAGACCUUAGAGGCAGUCAAGCAGAUCAAACAGCACAAUAAGUGGAAAAUGGGAUGGUGACUAGCUAAAACAUCACUCUCUUCUUUGAGAUCAUACUUUUAUCACAUACAGUAUAUCAUACUAUUCUCAUUGUGAUACUAAGGAUGAAUCCAAUUUUACACCUUAUCUGCAAAGGAUAAAAAGCUUGCUGAACAUGUUUCUUUUUUUGUUUGCAUGAUGGCCUAUGUCCUAUUACAAAGUUAGCAUAAAAAUAUCAAAAAUAAAAUAUUUAUCUAAAACA